AUGGAUUGCUCAAAAACUGCAUCGCAGCGAAAGAUGUGUUACAGACAACUGAAAAAAGGAUACGAACAUUGUUUUACGGAAUUUGGAAGUGGAAGACCAGAAAAGUUAUCCGAAGAAGCCAAACAAACUGUGAUGGAAAACAGUGCUAAAAGACAAAGAAGCUAUAUCGAAGCUGAUGAACGUUAUCAAAAUGUUUGUGCACAACCUAGCUUCAUUGGGGUUUUCAUCUGUUUUACUGCUAUUGAAUUGAUGUGGGUCAUCAAAGAGAGUGGUACAUCAUGGAAUAGGGCUUAUUAUGGGCAGUUUAUCCCAACGAAAACAGUAUUUCCAUUCCUCUCUAAUCCUAAAAAAGUUUUUGAUCCAGAAGAAGUCGUUUAUCUUCACGACCAUGCUCCGUACCAUAAAACAAAUGCCACACAGCAAUUACUUAAAGACUCUGAUAUUGAUUCGUUAAUUCUAUUCAGAACUGAUAAAGAAUUUACCUGA